AUGCUUAAACUUGUUGCUGCUCUACUCGUAUUAGUUGUUGCUUGCAAUGCCUUCUUUCCUAAUGUUGGUGGUUAUAUAGAUCGUCCAGAUUUAGUCAACAGCGAUUUGGUUAAAGGUUUAACAGUUUAUGCUGCUGAAGUUUUAGCUACAACACAAAAUCUUUUUCUUGCUAAUCUUCGAACUAUCAAGGUUCAAAUUCAAGUCGUUAAUGGAUUGAAUUAUAAAAUAGAUUUUUCUGCUGAACCUGUUGAUGGUGCUCCUGGCCAAAAAACAACAUGUCAAGUUGUUAUCAAUGUUCGCCCUGAUUCAAUUAAGAGCCUCAUACAAUCCCAAUGUCAAACAUCAUAA